AUGAAGAUCGCCAACGACGUUCCACCGUUCAUCGGCACCAACGCGGCGCUGGCUGCGUGUUUGUACCUCGUGGACGUCGGACUUAACUCCUCCAUUGAAUACGGAGAUCUGCCGGGCCAAGACGCAUCGGACAAUAGCAGCGACUCAAUUGUCUCUUUCGUACAGGUGUUACUGCAGAUAGCAGCUCUCGUCAAUCUGCUCUUGUUGCUGGGCGGCACCUUUUUGUUCCGCAGCGGGCUUUUCGGCAUGCUGUACUCCCAUUUCCGUCUUGUGCUGCUCGUACAUCUGCUGUACAUCUGCCUGACCAUUAUCCUAGGCAUUGUUCGAAUGAACUUACUAUCGCCGGGGAAUGAGCAUGUCGAUAUCUGGGACGCUCGAGGCUAUGCAGCGUUUUCGGGCAUUCACAAAAUUGGGGCUCUGUGCUACUACGCCUGCAGUAUCGUUGCGGUCGAGAAACUCCGAAAGCACAAGUACUAUAGUCCCGAAUAUUGGAUGCGAAGAUGAAAGAAAACAACAAAAGUGAAAAAGGAAAAGUAGAUUAACCAUGUAAAAUACAGGC